UUUUGCUAACCUGCUUGUACAGUUCCGUUAAAAUGAGCUCCAAAGCUAACGGAGAAGAAGACGACGAUUGUAUGUUUCUUGAACAUGUUUUGGACAAACUGUAUGACUUUGGUAACAGACCAGCAACCAAAAAUAAGUCGAAGAAGGGAAAACGAAAGAGAUGUGAGGAAGAAGAGGAAGAAGACGUAACUUCAGCUGACAAUGAAGACAACUUAUCAGAUCCUUUCAGUGUCACACACCAUCAGAAGCUAUCAAAAUCUGACAACACUACUCCUCAGCAAACAGCCGCCCAGCAGAUGAGUCAUGUGGAGGUCGUGACCUUUCAGGACCCCUUAAAGAAACAGAAGACCAAGCAGACACCAGCACCUGAUAAAAUAUCUCCCCUUCAGACAAUAGAGAAGAAGCAAAGCGACGAACCAGAAGAACUCAAUUUGGAAAAGGCUCGUCUGGAGGUCCAUCGGUUUGGAAUCACUGGCUAUAAAAAGGAGCAGCAGCGUGUUUUUGAACAGGACAGAGCCGUCAUGCUGGGAGCCAGACCUCCUAAGAAGGAGUAUUUAAACUACAAGAUGCUACAGCAGCAGGUCAAAGAGAAGAAGCAGAAAGCAAAGGAGGAGGUUCAACCGGAGCUGAAGAAGAAAAAGAAGAAGCAGAAUAAUCAAAGCAGGGACAAGUCGAAGAAGGCGGCCUCCGGUAUGGGCGCGGCCUCGGGUCAGGUGGGGCGCUUCAAGAACGGCGUGCUGAUCCUCAGCUCCAAGGAGAUCCAGAAAAUCAAAGGCAAAAGGAGAAGUAAAUAGGUGACUGAUUAAAUCUUCAGGAAAAUAUCAGCAGACCAGAGCUCCAUCAGUGACUCUGCAGCCAAACACAUGAGGAGGAAAUGGACACGACCUGAUGAUGAAAUGCAGUUUUGAGGACAUGUCACCACUCUGCUGUAAAAUAUGAGACAGUGUUACAGCUCAAAGACUGCUGAGUCAGGAAUCCAAUCGAUCAAUCCUCGGACUGGACCCUGAUUUUGCUUCUGCAGGCAGGACAUUAAAUGCACAGAACCGGAGCCUCUGUCCAAUCAUAUUUCAUCACAGUUAAUUUAUUUUGUUUUAUAAACAACC